AUGGACUCGUUGAAGCAGGUCUUUGUCACGGCUGGAACAACACUUGUACGCCAUUCGCGUGACGGCUCUAAGCUCUACGUGUGUACAAAUUCCAUCUUGAAAGUAUUCGACGUCUUAAACCCAGAGCGUGAGCCGGAGGUGUUGGACAUUCUAGGGAAGGUGAGCUCGUUCGAAGUGGGAGAGUUAAACGGCCACAGGUACGGCAUUGUGACCUCUAAAAGUGGUGUAUGUGAAUACUAUGACCUAGACUCUCUUCAGUCGAUGGGAAAGCUGGUUAGAUCACCGUUGAGCCUGAGAGACGCUGUGUUCACUCACGGGGGCUCGAUGGUGCUCUGCGGUGGUUCUGACGGUGAGUUGAAACUGGUGGCUCUUGGUGCCGAUGCAAGCAUCAAAUCUGUCAAUACUGGCGACCAGGUUACUGCGAUUGGGUACAACAACAUUGGCGAUCUGGCAGCUGUGUCUCUUUCCAACGGAGACGUUUCAAUAUACGCGUAUUCCACCACCGAGCCGGUGAAAAAACAUGUCUACACCAAUAUUACCGAGAAACACAAGCUUUUGGAUGACGAGGACGAGGAUGAUCUUGAUAUGGACGACGCGUUUGGGACCCACCCGCCGGAACCCAAGAACGUGGCUGGCGUGUGUGGCUGUGAUUGGCAUCCAGAUGGAGAUCUGAUUGCAAUUCCCACGAAGGACAAGGAGAUCGAGGUGUACGACCGCGCUGAUUUCUCCUUGUUGGAGUUUAAGUUCAAGGGACAAGUGCACGAGAAGUCGCUAGUCGAUUUGAAGUGGUCCCCCAACGGUGCCCAUUUGGCUUCUCUUGAUCAAGACAGAAAACUCAUUAUUUGGGAAACAGCUUCCAGAAAAUCUGUUAAGGUGUAUAGUCUGCCGGAAAAUGGCUGCUCAUUGUCCUGGGGCCGUGGCGACAACGACUUUGAGAUUGUUGUUGGAACGAAUCAUGGUCACAUCAUCAGAUACGAAUCGGUUGUGCCAAUAGAGGAAACCAGCACAAGGGCGGGAAACGUGGUUGCCGACGAAGCCGAAAGCGGGUCUGAGAGCGAAGUGACCGGGCUGUUCGACGAGGCACCAGAAGACGACUUCAUUGUGGAUGACGAUGGCUCAGGUUACGUCGAGAAGAAACGCUCUCUAGACACAAACCAGCCCAUCAAGCACCGCAAGGUGGUCGUUGACGAGCCUGCUUAUAGGCCGCUGUUUGAAAUACAGCCUUAUUCCCCAGGCGGAACGCCGUGGAACGGUAACCGGAAAUACUUGACCAUGAACUCUGUUGGAUACGCUUGGACGGUCAAAUUGGAGAGUUACAACACAGUCACAGUCAGCUUUUUCGAUAAAGGGCUGCAUAACGAGUAUCACUUUAAGGAUCUAUAUGGGUUCAACGUGGCUUCCAUUACCGAAGACGGCAUUCUCCUCGCUUCUGCUACCAAAGGAAAAAAAUCCACCAUAAUGUACAAGUCACAUGACCAGCAGGAUACCUGGAUCAGGACGCUUCUUCUGCAGCCCGGCGAGUUUGUUUCCAGCGUGACACUCAGCAAGAACUCGAUAUAUGUGGCUACUUCUUUUGGUUUUGUUCGCAAAUACAGCUUGUUCGGCCGGAUCGAAAGAAUCGAAAAAACAGCCCCCGUGGUCGCUUGUGUCAACAGCGAGAAGUAUCUCUUUACCGUGACUUACAAUUCGGGAUCGCUGAACUUUAAUGUGCAAGACCUCGACGGGAAAUACUUUCAACGAAACGAGCAUCUUCCAUUAGCCCUAGCUGGCGGGUCGUACUCAUCCUAUCCCCUAAAAGGAGUGUUCUUCUCUCUUGACGGUGAUCCUUGUGUCGUUGGAUCUGACGAUUUUCUUCUGGUGCUAACCAGAUGGAGGGAUCCGCUGCAGGCUUCCUGGAUUCCUCUUUUGGACACCGCUGCAGGGGUCAGAAAGCUGGCUCUUGGUGACGAUAUCAAAUGCUGGCCAUUGGGACUCUUGAAGAACCAUUUCAACUCCAUAGUCACAAGAGGGUCGGAAUACCCUUCGUUCCCGCUUGCCAUGCCUUUAGGAAUCCCGGUGAAACUUCCAAUUACCGGGGAAGAAGAGGAAGAAGAUCCGGAAGAGGAGCUGGUGCGACAUAUCACCUUGGGAGAAUUGCUCAAUGACGCAAUACAGAACGACGACGUGGUCGACGAGACCGCACAGGAGCGUUUGGCUGACAUCAGUGUCAAAUACGAUGCAGCGCUCCUGAAACAGUUCGGACAGUCCUGUAACGACAGCAACCUCCACGACGCUAUUUAUCUGGCCAGUAAGCUACGUGAUGAGAGAGCUUUGCAUGCGGCAUCCAAAAUUGCCGAGCGGUUGCAACUAGUUCAGCUGGUCAACAAGAUCACCAAGCUCAGAGAAGCCAGACUGGACUGGGAUGAAUAA